UGCGAAUUUACCGUUUGAACACUCAACCGGGUGGCCUGACAACACCGAAAAAUACACGUGCGCGACUGUAGAAAACUUUUCGAACUAUUUCGAAAGUUGGAAAAAUAUUUGAAUUCGUCUGAAAUCGUUUCGAAAAAAUAGGACAUUAAUAAUAUUAUUGGUUUAUACGUUAGUUGUAGCUGUAGUAAUAAUGAAGAAAUAAAUAUUGAGGUAAGUUAUUUGUUCUCACCUAGAAGCCUGAUGUCACAAAAUUGAUUGCUUCCUAACAGAAACCAAAAUGGAUGAAACCUGAAGCAUUGAAACCUCCACCAAACAAAAGUAAUAACAUCAGCAAAACAGUGCACAUUAAAACAAAUCCAUGACUUCAUUCGAAAUGGCUUAUAACUAUUCGCAGAUUACCGGGAACAAUUCGAGCUACAGUUACGACAUGUAUAACGACAGCGACGAAAUAGAUUUAAAAUUAAUGGAGAGGUACCUCAAGAAUAAAGGAAUAGACGAACCGGCUUAUACUGCCCUGAUUGUCUUCUACUGCUUUCUAAUUAUCAUGGGAGCGUUGGGAAACACUCUAGUGAUUGUCUCCGUCGUCAGAAAACCAGCCAUGAGAACACCUAGAAACAUGUUUAUAUUCAAUCUGGCAGUUGCUGAUCUCCUACUGUGUACAAUUACUAUGCCGUUGACGUUGAUGGAAAUAUUGACUAAAUAUUUUCCUCUUGGCAACAAUUUGUUUAUUUGUAAACUUAUUGGUAUAUUGCAAGCUACCAGCACCUACGUCUCAACAAUUUCGAUUACUGCUAUAGCUCUGGAUAGAUACCAGGUAAUCGUCUAUCCAACCAAAGAGGGUCUACAGCUAUGUGGAGCUCUUCUUAUACUGCUGCUUAUCUGGUUUGUAGCUUUAGCUCUGGCCAUGCCUCUGUUCAUUGUCAGACAUCUUGUACAUCACACAAUACCUCUAGGCACAGAAUAUUUAAACAUCAAUUUCUGCAUAGAAAAUUGGCCACUAGAACACGGCAGAGCUUACUACUCCAUUUUUUCGUUGAUUUUUCAGUAUACGCUUCCCAUCAUUAUUGUGUCGGCCGCUUACGUGAGAAUAUCUUACAAACUUCGAUACCGUUUUGCUACUGGAUUCGUCGGUGGCGAAGAUAACCAGAAGAGUCGGAGAGAGCUUCGAGGACGUCGUCUUCAUCGAACAAAUCUUCUUCUUGGUUCAAUUGCAGUAAUAUUCUGCGUCAGUUGGCUACCUCUCAACGUCUUCAACUUGGUGGCCGAUCUGUCCACAAAUCAAUCGUUUACAUCUCAGCCAAUGAUGAUCUGCUACGCCGUAUGUCACAUGAUGGGCAUGUCAUCGGCCUGCUCCAAUCCGAUCCUCUACGGCUGCUUAAACGAAAACUUCUGGAAAGAGUUCAAGGACAUUCUGUGGUGUCUCGAAUCAAGCGCCGACAACAUGGGACAAUUAAAAAAAACUUCGUUCAAAAAAAGCUCGCAGAAAGUACAAAAAUCUAAGCCCGAUCUAGUGACGGGCGCCGACUACCAACUUUGCAACACUGUCAGCACCGACAUGACAGUCUUAACGAAGUGCUAGCCCUUGAAGAGCGUCGUAAAAAGUGCGGGAGACGCCAUCAACGAGAUUGAAAAUGAAGUACGCUAGAAAGUUAGUUGCGAACAAAACUGUGAUAUAGUGAUAAACUAAUUUCUACAGAAACUUAGUAGGGCCACAAAAGUUUUUUAUUAUUAAAAAAAAAAAAUAGUUUUUUCUGUCUUGUAACUAAGAAAAAGAGGUUAUUACGACUUAGAACGAGGAAAAAUCGACUUUUUCAACUUCUAAUUCAGAAAAUCUCUUUUUAUAUGUAUGCAGGGUCUUCCCUAAUGUCAUGUCAAUGUUUUUAUCUUAGGGUUGUGGGAAUGGAUUCUCUAUUUUUGUAGGUGGAAUUGGGGUUUAAAUUUGCUUAUUUCUUCAUGCAUACUCGGAUCUUACUGCUAUAUUAUCUUUUUUCUUUCAAAACAUAAGUAACAAUUCGUGAACUAUCUCUCAUUUCCAUUUGGAUUUUCAUUCGACAUUUGUUGGACAUUCAUUAAAUAAAAAGUUUCUUUAUGAUUUGUGAAUUAGAUGAAGAGAAUAUUAAGCAAUAUUAAAAGCAACUUGCACUUCAUGGUCUUUAGAGGUGAAUUAAGUUCUAAUUUGAUUGGUUUAUUUACCACAGAUUUCUAUAACAUUCUAAUUAAUACUCAACAAAUUUGAUCAAAGCUAUUUUCGUUUGAUAUAAAAAUAAACUUGACAUUGAGAGGAAACUCUAACAGAAAUUGUAUUUCAAUAUUUCCAUGACCCAUGAAAUCGCAAAUAUUGACUUUUAACUUGUGUCAAAAUAACCGUGUGGCCCUGUACUAGUUUGUAAAUAAAAUAGUUAAAUGUAAAUAUACGAUAAAAUGAACGAAUUUGAUGAAGUUAAAACAGAGAGAACAAUUUUGUGCAAUAUGAAAUUUUCGUAUUUAUACUGUUUAGUAUAUUUUUUUAUAAAAUAAUAAAGUAAUUGUUCGCAAAAAUUUUAGAAUAGGUAUAGAGGAUAUUUCAAAAUUUGGAGCUUCUAUUUUAUCAGGUAUAAACGAUAUUGAUUUUAAGUUUUAGUUCGUUUGGAAAACUCCAUAUUAGGGGAUUAUAGAUAGCCAUUUCGAUUGACAUCAAUGAUUGUUUACAGUGUAAUCCUUGCAUUUAUUAUUAUAAUACAGAACGUAUGUGUUGACCUAUUUUCGCACUUUGUAAUUAUUUUUAUAAUAUACCGUCUUGAUUUAUUUGAAUUGUAAUUUUAAAUUAUUAUUAUUAACUUUGGUUAUUUUAGCAAAAAUAAAUG